GCUUAAGGUCGACCUUCACUUCUCAUACUUCACUUUAUGAACGAGACUUCAUCUUCGAGGAUGAGAGGGAACAAAUGGAUAUGAAUGCCUUCAAUGUCUCAGCUACGUUGAAUUUAUUCCGUUUAGUCACCAAGCCGACAUUAUGUCUUCCUCAUGCUACCGUAUCGACUUUUAAUCAGCUACCAGUUCCCUUGAAUGGAGCUUUUGCCAAGUAUGAGAAGGACGGAAAGAGGAAGAUAGACAUCAGAGCCGUAGUGUUGGAUAAGGAUAAUUGUUUUGCUGUUCCUCAUGCAAAUGAGGUCUACAAGCCAUAUGAGCAAACAUUCCAAAGCCUAAAAGCCGCCUACCCCGGCCGCAAACUUCUCAUAGUAUCCAACACAGCAGGCGCCACCUCGAUCGACCCUUCAAGGACCCUCUCAAAAGCCGUCGAGACCUCAACUGGACUCUCCGUGCUUCCCCACAGCACCAAGAAACCCGGCUGCGGACCCGAAAUCAUGGCUUACUUCCUCCAGCACCCGGAGACGGGCGUCACGCGGCCCGACCAGAUCGCUGUUGUGGGCGAUCGGUUGACGACUGAUGUUAUGAUGGCGAAUCUUAUGGGGAGCUAUGCGGUGUGGGUUAAGGAUGGGGUGGUGGGGUAUGAGGGGAGCAGUUUGUUUGCUCGUAUGGAACAGAGGUUCGCCGGGUUCUUGAUGAGAAGGGGUUAUGUUGCUCCUGAUCCCGCGAGUCCGUUCGAGGAGUAGAUGAGGGUGCGGUGGUUUCUCGUUGCUAUGUAAAUCACGUGUAGGACCAAGACUAGAUGGACGAGGAUCUCACGAGACCACGUCAUCAACACCUCGCGGAUUCCUGUCGCUGAGAACAUCACCAGCAUUACGUUCUCACACACGUCAGCUUCCAAACAACUCUCCGCUCAACGCACUCAGAAGCUUAGCCUCCCAAUUCUUUAAGUU